GCAAUUCACAAAUUCUGAAUUCACAAUCGUGAUAGCUGUUUGGUGUGCCGGUUGUCGAGUACAAAAUUAGUGAACUGAACUAAAUUACCUACUAAACACUAACCAGUAAAAUAUACUUAAAGAAUUAUAUUUAUAAUAUAUUAAAUAAUAUAUAGUGAAUAUUUUUUUUUUGUCACGUUCAAAUAAGUUUAUUUUCCUGUUGAUAUUUUUGUCUUUUCAUAAGGAUCAAUAUGUUUGUGACAAAGUGUUUGGGGCAACAAUUUUUCAAGAUGGCUAAAUUACAAACUUUUAAAUCAGCUAAGAUCUGCAUACCAACUGUUCGUCAUUAUGGUAGUGUUUACGAACCAGAUUAUUUGGAUAUGUUAAAACCAGACAUUCCUGAAUAUGAAAAAGUUAAUAUUCAAAUCAAAGGUUAUGACUUUGCUAUAUUGGAAUCAUUUCAAAAAUUUGUACACACCAUUGCUGAAAACAUGGACCUUGAAGUAUCUGAUGGGUGGGCAUUACCUCCACAAACAAUAAAUGUUAAACGAUUUGUGGCCAACAGUGAAAACGUAGAAACCCAAUACACAUUGAACGUAUAUGAACGCAAUAUACAAGUAGUUGAAGUUCCUAGUACUAAGCUCUCCUUACUCAUUGAGGUAAUAGAAGAUUCACUGCCUGCAGGUGUUAAGGCAUCAAUUCACAGGCACACAGAUGAGCAAGAAGUACUCAGAUACAUACCCGACAAUGAAUUGAAAACAUUGAAAGAACAACUAGAAGAAAUGGGUGGCUCAAGAAAAAAAAAGUGAGCUUAUGACUAACUUUUAUUGUUAAAUCUGUAACAUUAUGUAGUGCUUAGGUACCUAAAUAUAAUUAUGUUAUAAUAUAAUACGAUUUGUGAGAUAUGAAUUAUUGCAUUUUUAUUAUAAUAUAUGCUCUAACGUUUGUAA